AUGGAUACUCAGAUCUAUGCAACCUCCAACGGAGGAACGGGGGCCAAGUUCAAGGGAUACACAACCGUUAUAGCAGGUGUCGCCUCCAUCAUCGCGACAAUCGUGUCUGUCCUCUCGAUAUGGCUCCAAGCAAAAAACUAUCGCAAACCGCUGCUGCAGCGCUACGUUGUUCGAAUCCUCCUUAUGGUCCCAAUCUACUCGAUAGCGUCCUGGACCAGCAUGGUAUCACUCACAGCCGCCCAGUUCGUCGACCCCAUCCGCGAUAUAUACGAGGCUUUCACGAUCUACACGUUUUUUCAGCUUCUUAUUAACUACCUCGGUGGGGAGAGAUCCCUUAUUGUCAUGACACACGGCCGCGCCCCCGUACAGCACCUAUGGCCCAUGGACCACGUCCUAGCAAAAGUCGACAUCUCCGAUCCAUACACCUUCCUCUCCAUCAAACGUGGCAUUCUACAAUAUGCUUGGCUAAAACCUAUCCUCGCCAUAGCUGCCAUUAUCAUGAAAGCCACGGGGACAUACCAAGAAGGCUACAUCGGGGCCACCUCUGGCUACUUUUGGAGCGGCAUCAUUUACAACAUCAGCGUUACCGUCAGCUUGUAUUCGCUCGGCCUUUUCUGGGUCUGUAUGCACCAGGAUCUAAAGCCAUUCCGGCCAGUACCCAAGUUCCUCUCCAUCAAGCUCAUCAUCUUUGCUUCCUACUGGCAAGGCUUCUUCUUGUCCAUCCUGGUUUGGCUGGGAGCCAUCCCAGAUGACGUCCAAGGCUAUACUCGUGACAACCUGGCUGCAGCCAUCCAGGAUUUCUUAAUUUGUCUUGAGAUGCCCAUCUUCGCCGUGGUGCAUUGGUAUGCCUUUUCCUGGUACGACUUUGCAGAUAACAGCAUCCUGUCGGCCCGCAUGCCUCUCACAAGAGCCCUCCGCGAUGCUUUCGGGCCCAAAGACCUCAUCGAAGACUCAAAAGAGACGUUCAAGGGCGAUAAAUACGUCUAUCGUAAAUUUGACUCUGGCGACAAGGUCAUGGCACACGCCGACUCACGUUCGCGGUUUGCCAGGCUCGAUGAAGGAAUGCGAUAUGAGCGUGGAGGUAAGGGCAAAUAUUGGCUCCCCAAGCCUGGGAAAACCUCUAGCUCGCCGCUGCUCGACAACGGCGAAGGUGGUUCGUCCAACCAAGAUUCGCAGCGCGAUAGUUCCAUGGGCACAUUUGACGAGCCCGAAAUUGACCCAGAUGAGGAGCGCAUGUACGAGCAGGCGCGUCAGCUGGAAUAUGGAGAUUGGAAUUACCCCGUCAUCACCGCGAAUGAGCCGCUGAGGGAACGAUACGGCUCUUCUUUCAGCAGCCGCGGGGUGUACUCGCCUGCGCCUCGACUAGGUACUCCGCAACGGCGAAGUCCGGCGUCAACAGCACAGCCUAGCUCACCAAAAGCACAAGCUGGUCCUCAAGAACCACCGGUCAUUGCAGUUCGAAAGAAGAAGAAGCCGAAGAAGGUUAUUGUCAAGCACCAGGGACCCGAGGCAGAAGCACUUCUAGCAGACACGGAUUUUGCCGUUGAGUCUGGUGCAACUCAGGCCCAUGAUGGCGCGGCAAGUUCGUCUGCAAUUGUUGCGCACCAGGACACCGCUGUCACUGCAGAAGACCACAAUGAAGACCAUGACGAAAACAACGGACCGAAAUUGAACAUACACGAUAGCGAGGAGUUUAGAAAUGUAUGGGGAAGGGGCAACUAA